AUGGAUAAUCGCAUUGCAAAACUUUUUCUCACUCUCUUGAUAUUACGAAGGCUGCAAGGUUGUGCGGUGCGAUUUUCCAGCUCACAAAAGGCUGAUUUUUUUUUUACAGGUGCUGGUGUUAAUGUGAAGAAAAGUUUUAUUAAUACCAUGGAAAAUUAUACGGAAAUGGCUCAAGAAACAUACAAUGAUGGACCCGAUCAAAUAGUACCAGCCGAGAACUAUAUUUGCACAGAUCCCGCCGGCUAUGUCAGACUUCGAAUCCCAGAGAAUGGCAAAGCGAUAGAAACCAUCAAACCCAUAUCAGUACCUGGACUUUUACAAAAAACAGCCAAAGAGCAUCCAGACACCGUCGCCCUAGCCAGAAAGAUCAAUGGUGUAUGGGAAAAAACCACCUUCAAAGAAUAUCACGCCCAAGUUCGUACCUGCGCUAAAGGCUUUAUAAAAUUAGGAUUAGAAAAAAACCAUUCGGUUUGCAUUUUGGGUUUCAACAGUCCCGAAUGGUUCAUAUCGGAUCUAGCGGCGAUAUUUGCCGGAGGUAUAGCGGUGGGUGUUUACACUACAAACUCGGCGGAAGCCUGUUACUAUUGCGCCGAAAAUAGCAGAGCCAAUAUUGUUGUCGUUGAAGAUCAAAAACAGUUGGAGAAAAUAUUGGAAAUUAGGUCUAGAUUACCAAAUCUAAAAGCGAUAGUUCAAUAUAGCGGAGAGCCUACGAACCCCGAUGUGAUAAGUUGGAAAAGACUGAUGGAAAUAGGUGCUGCGGAAGCUGACGAAUCUCUAGAUCAAGUCUUGAAACAAAUAGCUGUCAAUCAAUGUUGUACUUUGGUUUAUACAUCAGGUACGGUAGGCAAUCCAAAAGGAGUCAUGUUGAGUCACGACAACUUGACAUGGGACGCUCUUUGCAUCGUAGAACGUUUAGGAAUCAUAGCGGGUGAUGGAGAGGUCCUCGUGAGCUAUCUGCCUCUAAGCCACGUGGCUGCUCAAGUAGUUGAUAUUUAUAUUACAAUGUCAACAGCUUCCACGAUAUAUUUUGCCGACAAGGAUGCCCUGAAAGGUACUUUGAUCAAUACUUUGCUUGAAGUGCAGCCGACUAAAUUUUUGGGGGUUCCCCGUGUUUUCGAGAAGAUCUACGAAAAAAUGAUGCAAAUCGCGUCUAAAAGUGGUGUUUUGAGGAAAUAUAUUUCUACGUGGGCGAAAAAGCAAGCAUUGCAACAUCAUAUUGACAAUAUUAAUGGGAUCAAAUCUUAUACUUGGGGUUAUAGUUUUGCCAGGACCAUGCUUUUUAGUAAGGUUAAAGCAGCUUUAGGUUUUUCGAGAUGCACGUACUUUUGUUCAGCCGCGGCACCGUUGGCUGUGGAAAUUAAAAAAUACUUUUACAGCUUGGAUAUACCCAUUAUGGAAUGUUUUGGUAUGUCCGAAGCCAGCGGGGGACAUACAGUGUGCUGCGAAGGGGCCACAAACUUCGAAUCGAUCGGCAUGACUUUACCCGGAAUGAAAACCAAAAUACACAACGAAGAGGAUGGCCAAGGGGAGAUCUGCAUGUACGGAAGACACGUGUUCAUGGGAUAUCUAAACGAGCUGGCAAAGACUGAGGAAACGCUGGACGAAGACGGAUGGUUGCACACAGGAGAUUUGGGAAGGAUAGACGAGAAAGGAUUCGUGUAUAUUACAGGCAGACAAAAAGAACUCCUGGUCACGGCCGGCGGGGAAAACAUCCCGCCCGUUCACAUCGAACAACAAGUCAAAGCGGAACUGCCGCACGUCAGCAACGCCUUCUUGAUCGGCGACAAACGCAAAUUCCUCUCCGUUCUUCUCACGCUGAAGACCGAAGUGGACGCACAAACGGGAGCGCCCACCGACGAGCUCAUUCCGAGCGUCCAGCAGUGGCUCGCCUCGUUGGGCUGUCCCGCUCAAACGGUCAAGCAGGUGCUGGAAGCCGGUCCCGAUAAGAGGCUCAUGGACGUUCUGAUGCAGGCUAUCGAAAGGGUCAACAGUAAGGCGACGUCCAAUGCGCAGACCAUCAAGAAGAUUUCGUUGUUGCCCGCCGAUUUUUCUAUUCCAACGGGAGAAUUGGGUCCAACGAUGAAAGUAAAAAGAAGAAUCGUGGAGCAGAAGUACGAAGACAUCAUAGAAAAAAUGUACUUAUAA